UCAUAUUAUUUAUAUUCACACAUAUUUUCAGCCUCCACCGAAGCUUCCAACCGUCGAUGAGGUACGAAAAGCGAUUCCCCCAAAAUGCUUCGAGAAGAGCCUGGUUACAUCCGUCAGCUACCUGGUCAUGGUCAGGUGUUGGGCAUUCGGAUUCUGUGGCUGUGCCCUGUUCGUGGUCGGUCAUGACUGUGGACAUGGUUCGUUUUCGGAGUAUGAAUGGGUGAACGAUUUAUGUGGCCAUAUCGCCCAUGCACCUAUUUUGGCACCAUUUUGGCCAUGGCAGAAAAGUCAUCGACAACAUCACCAGUACACAUCCCACCUUGAAAAGGACAAAGGUCAUCCAUGGGUGACUGAGCAGAUGUAUAACGAGCGAACCACCCUUGAGAAGUACUUCGCAUGCUUCCCAUUAUCUGGAUGGAUCAGAUGGAAUCCGAUCUACACAGUCUUCGGUCUUCCGGAUGGCUCUCACUUCUGGCCAUGGUCUCGCCUAUUCACCACCACUUCCGACCGAAUUAAAUGCGUCGUUUCCGGCAUGGCGUGUUUGUUCUGCGCAUCGGUGGUCUUCUGGAUGUGUGACUAUUCUGUCUACAACUGGAUGAAAUACUACUACAUACCAUUGACCUUCCAGGGUCUAAUACUGGUGAUUAUCACCUACUUACAGCAUCAGGAUGAGGAAAUCGAGGUCUACGAGCCCGACGAGUGGUCAUUCGUUCGUGGUCAAACUCAGACCAUCGAUAGAGUGUAUGGCUUCGGACUUGACACCAUCAUGCAUCACAUAACUGACGGUCACGUAGCCCACCACUUUUUCUUCACUAAAAUACCGCACUACCAUUUGAUGGAAGCAACUCAGGCGAUCAAGAAGGUCCUCGAACCACUGAAGGACACUCCAUAUGGGUACAAAUCCGAGACGAACUACGAUUUCUUCUUCCGAUAUCUUUGGUCAAAUAUUCGACUGGACUAUCUGAUUCAUAAGAGCAAAGGUGUACUACAGUACCGGAUCGGAGUUGAAAAGGCCUCUUCCAAAAAGGCGCUCUGA